AUGCUUCGAGGAAGGACUGUGAGAUGCUGCCUUUUGCUGAUGCUCUUGACCAUCCUGCCUACACGGCCUGCAUUGGAAGGUGCGUUACCAAGAAUUGGGUGUCAUUCCCCCUAUUUUUCCUUCCUCCCCAAUAUUCACUGGUGCAAAGCCAUAGAAGGCUGGCUUAAUUCCCACUGGAAAAGAAUAUGACAAGUUAAUUGCGACUUAUUGCUAUCCUGUCAAUAUCAGUAGGGCUUCCUAUGUGACUGCUUGCCUUUAGAUCUGGGCCUCUGUUUUGGUUAAGAAAUAUUUCUUAACAGUAGUUAAUCAGGCUCAAGACAAAUUCCCAAAGCACUCAAUGUGCCCUCUUCUUUGGGAACUGCUGUUGCCCGCCAGCUUUUGCCACCCGGGGCUCGUUUGAAUAUGGGUUACAGCUUUUCAGCAACAAUUAUGGGAACUAAUGGCAGCACUCCUAACCUCUUUACCUCAGAGUAAGCUGCACUGAAUUUAAUAGGACUCAGGGGGAGAUUCUAACCAUGUUUGCUCAGGGGUUAGUUUAAUGACAAUGGAAGUUGCAUUAGUCACAACUAACUUGUUCCUUUGGUUUCAAUGGGCUUUUAGUGUCACUGAAGUAAAGCUCAUUGAGUUCAAGAUUUACUCCAGGUAAGUGAGUACAAGAAUGCAGUCUUAGGCACAACUAACCCAUACCCUUCAACAUUCCUCAAAUGAAAACAGGAACAUUUCUCAGUCCCCCUAACAAUUGACCCCAUUCCUCUACCCCCGAGGGACACCCUCUAAUUCCAAUGUAAUCUUAUUUCAAUCUUUGGAAGAUUUACAAAAAGAAAAACAUAUACCAAUUAAUAACUUUUAGAAAGGGGCAAUGUUAGACGUGGAUGGACAAAGCAUCUUAAAAAUCAAGACUCCGUGCACCCUGCUCCACUCCCCCUUUCAUUCCUCCCUGAAUGGUCCUGAUAGCCAACUCGCUACAUGAAGCUGGAUUUUAGGGUGGCAGCAGCCUCUCCUCCUGACCCGCCCUCCUGCAACUGCUGCAAACUGCCCAAGAGAAAAGGCCAGCAACAGCAGCCACAGAGAGUCCCUGGAGAGACACCAGAGAGGCAACAGGAUGUUCCUGCAGAGCUGCCACUGCCGCCGCCACUACUGCCACUGCUCUGAACAACCUCCAGCUCGUGCUCCUCUCCAAGCUCAGCAGCGGUAGCCCUGACGGGGGAUUAGGGACAUUCAGGGAUCAGAUCCCCAGCUAGCAUGGCUUUUGUAAUUCCAGAACUGUCCCCGAAAAACAGGGACACUUGGAGGUGAUGCUAAUCUUUUUGUUUGGUUGGAGUACGCGCCUUUUGUGCUGUUUGUUGCAGUAACCGCAAGUAGAAUAUGACAUAGGUUUAGCCAGCUUCAUUACACUUCUGGUUUUAUUUUGCACUGGAAGGUUUCCUAACAAAGAACGAGGACCCAUCCUCACUUUUGUUUGUGCCACGAUUUCUAGGCAGAGGUAUGUGAUUUGUAGGCAUGAGUCCAAGUGAGUGGGGUGUGUGUGUGUGGUCCCACUGCAGGAAACCCAUUUGACUUUUGUUUUGAUUUAGAGGUAAACAGUGAGUUUUCCCACUAAAGCAACGGGGCAAAAUAAAGCCCUGCCUGGACCUGUGUCUACUUAUGCCAGGCAAUUGCGGGAAAAACUGGUGUGGAUAGGUUAGAAUUUAUGUGAAUGGGUUAAGAAUUGAUUCAGCUCUCCUAGUUUUUCCUACCUUGCAGCUCAGUGGUUGAAGCACAACAGCAACAAAAUGGAAACUUUCCCCUUUCUUUCAGACACCAACGUGGCCCGCGCCGGAGAAGCUUCACAAUCCAGUAGCUACAGCUCGAUAGGAGCAGCUGGAAAUGCCAUUGACGGGAACCCAGCCAGUGAUUUUAACCAGGGAUCCUGCACCCACACAGAUUCUGAAAAUAAUCCAUGGUGGAUGGUAGACUUGAAGGCACAAUAUCAAGUACUCCGUGUCACCAUCACCAAUCGGAAAGACUGCUGUGCUCACCGUCUUAAUGGGGCUGAAAUCCGAGUUGGGGACUCCGCAGAGAGUGGAGGCACCACAAAUCCUAGGUACUGUAUACGGAUCGGAUGCUUUGUAGCCAGGGAAGGGGAAGCUGAGGCCCCCCAGGUGUUAUUGGAGUACCACUCCCAUCAUCUUGAUCCAUUGUCUAUGUUGGUUCAAGCAGGUGGCAGUUGGAGUCCAACAAUAUUUGGAGGGCCAUGGGUUUCCUAUAUCUUCCUUUCAUGUAGAGAAGUUGUGAGGUAUGAUUUUCUGUUCUGCCCUGUUUUCGUCACAUGCAGUUCAUUGUCUGCUGCAGUUCACUGUCUGCCAAAAGCUAUGUUAUUAUGUUUUGCUUUCCACUGUGGCAAAACUUCUGUCAUGAACACACCAGCUCCAAGUGUAAUCUUGCAGCUGGCUGCAGAAUGCAGUCUGGACAGGGGGGCUGGGCUUUCAUGCUGCCAUAGGAGAGCCCGCAGCUGCCAGCAUCAAGUCCCCCUGAUCUUGGAUGGCUGGCUGAUAAGGAAGGAACGGAGAGCAGGCUGGAACACAGCCAAAGCUCCCUGGAAGCCCAAACAGGCGUGGAAAGUCACAGAGACAGCUUUUUGGAACAGGAAGGGGCUGCAGCUGACUAAGUAAGUCCGAGGUGUAGGCAUAUAGGAAGGCUCCUAGACAAGUCGAAGGCUCAAUCUCUUCUGUUGACACAGGAAGAACCCCUCAGAAAGGUCAACUCAGUGAUGGGGGCUGGAGGUUUGUUAGGGCCGUCCGGAAAUAAUUGCUUGGCUUUUUUUGCAAUAAAUCCUCCUUUUUAAUUACUUACGCUUACUAUGUUAUCAAGCCGCGAACCUGGACUCCUAACAACUACAUAACUUAUGUAAUUUAUAUAAUUGAGUAUGUAAAUUACGUAGGUUGCAUUGUUCUGUUAUGCCACGCCAGCAUAGCUCUGACAGUAGAGCAUGAGACUUUAAAUCUUCAGCUCAUGAGUUCCAGACCCACACUGGACAAAAGAUUCCUAAUUUGCAGAUGUUUGGGCUAGGUGACCGUCAUAGUCCUUUCCAACUCUACUGUUCUAUGAUUCUAUGUAGGGUUUUUUGCUGAAAAAAAUUCUUCCAUUAUUGUUUAAUGCUAUUCUUUUUUUUUUAAUGAUUUUGUUUCUUUUCUAGAUGUGCUACAAUAAGUUCUUUGGGUGCUGGGGAAACAGAAACUUUUAACUGUGAAUCAUCAAAGGGCCAGUUUGUGACAGUUACCCUACCUGGGAAAGAAUACCUCACGCUUUGUGAAGUCCAGGUGUUUGGAUCUAAGAUAGAGUCCCCUGGUAAGUAGAAAACAUAUUGUCAUCUAUUUGUGUGCAAAGAGACUGAGGCUGUGGACACACCCUGUAUUUAAAGCACAUUAAAAUGCAUGACUUUCCCCCAAGAAUCCUGGGAUCUUUAGUUUAGGAUUGGCUUCUGUGAUUCCGGAAUGUCCAGCUUAAAUGGGGCAGUUGAUGGGUAUAGUAUACAGGCAUAAACUCUUACUUUCCAUGCUCUGCUGCUACUAAGCCUGCAACUGAAAUAACAGUUUCCCCUGAUUACACCCAGGCGCAGGGCUGGGGCAGAAGAGUGCUAGAGUCUUGUCUAGUCAAGUUGUAUAGGAUCGAUUCCAAUCUGUUACCUCCAAGGAUGCGGACAGGCUGCUUGGACAAGUGAAACUGACCACCUGUCUCCUUGAUCCUUGUCCAUCCUGGCUAUUAAAAGCGAGCCAGGAAGGGCUGGGCGAUGGGCUCUGCAGGGUGGUGACCUAGUGCUGGACCUUGGCACUCUGAGGUCACCAUGCUCACAAGCACCAGAGUGAGAGUCUUUUGGUCUGGCGCUGUGGCAUGAGGACUCGCUCCAGAGCGCUGGACCAAAAACGGAGAGAUCCGGCAAUCAAACAGAAGCCAGGAUUGGCUUCUGUGAUUCCGGAAUGUCCAGCUUAAAUGGGGCAGUUGAUGGGUACAGUAUACAGGCAUAAACUCUUACUUUCCAUGCUCUGCUGCUACUAAGCCUGCAACUGAAAUAACAGUUUCCCCUGAUUACACCCAGGCUCCCCUUCCCUCCCCUUUCUCACUUGUAGGGGAUUCACCCACUGCUGAGAUUUUGUUUCAGCACCAGACAAAAACCAUACCCUCCAACAUGUUGAGGCUGAAAACUGGGAUGCACAUUUUUGGGCCCUAGGACCUUGCAUACGAUUGUGAUCUCACAUGUUUUUAGGCACCUGCUGAGAGCAUGGCGAGAGCAUUAAUUAAGAAUUAAUUCAGCUCUCUUAGUUUUUCCUGCCUUGCAGUUCAGUGGUUGAAGCACAACAGCAACAAAAUGGAAACUUUCCCCUGUCUUUCUUUCAGACACCAAUGUGGCCCUCGCCGGAGAAGCUUCACAAUCCAGUAGCUACAGCUUGAUAGGAGCAGCUGGAAAUGCCAUUGACGGGAACCCAGCCAGUGAUUUUAACCAGGGAUCCUGCACCCACACAGAUUCUGAAAAUAAUCCAUGGUGGAUGGUAGACUUGAAGGCACAAUAUCAAGUACUCCAUGUCACCAUCACCAAUCGGAAAGACUGCUGUGCUCACCGUCUUAAUGGGGCUGAAAUCCGAGUUGGGGACUCCACAGAGAGAGGAGGGACCACAAAUCCUAGGUACUGUAUACAGAUUGGAUGCUUUGUAGCCAGGGAAGGGGAAGCUGAGGCCCCCCAGGUGUUAUUGGAGUACCACUCCCAUCAUCUUGAGUUCAAGCAGUUGGGAGGUGGAGUCCAACAAUAUCUGGAGGGCCAUGGGUUCCCCAUCCUUUCCUUACAUAUAGAGAUGUCAUGAGGUACGCUUUUCUGUUCUGCCCUGUUUUCGCCACAUGCAGGACUGUUUCCAUUCCACAGCAGUUCGCUUUCUGCCAAAAGCUAACUUACUUUGUCUUGCUGUUUGCUGUGGCAAAACUACAUAAGUUAUGUAAUUUAGUACAAUGGUACCUCAGGUUACAUACGCUUCAGGUUACAGACUCCGCUAACCCAGAAAUAGUACCUUGGGUUAAGAACUUUCCUUCAGGAUGAGAACAGAAACCGUGCAGCGGCAGCGGGAGGCCCCACUAGCUAAAGUGCUACUUCAGGUUAAGAACAGUUUCAGGUUAAGAACGGACCUCCGGAAUGAAUUAAGCACUUAACCCGAGGUACCACUGUAUGUAUAUUUGGCAGGUUUCAUUGUCCUGUUCUGCCAUGCCAGCAUAGCUCUGACAGUAGUACAUGAGACUUUUAAUCUCAGGCUCAUGGGUUCAAGAUUCCUAAAUUGCAGGGGAUUGGACUAGAUGACCCUCAUAGUCCUUUCAAACUCUACUGUUCUGUGAUUCUGUGAUUUCAUUGGAAUGGAAAUGCAAUGCAAAUCGGGGAACAUGAUGUAGUCAAUUACAUACUGUUUUUGGACUGAUCAGCAAAUACUGAUCAUAUCCACUGGAUCAAUUUCUGUUCCUCUCAUGGGGUGAAUUUGUCAACAUUGGCCAUUUCCACUUCUAUUUUGUCAACAUUUUCUGGCAUCCCUGCUUUAGAGGAUUAUGACACAGGGAGGACAAUGGAGUGCAAAUGUUCCAGACAGACCUCUUGCCAUUUGAUUUCUGAAAACAUAGCAAAUAUUUGCUUUCUUUUCUGACUUCUUCAUGUGAGUUCAGGUUGCUGAAAAAAAUUCUUCCAUUACUGUUUAAUGCUAUUUUUAUAUAUAUAUAUAUAAAAUGGUUUGGUUCUUUUCUAGAUGUGCUACAAUAAGUUCUUUGGGUGCUGGGAAAACAGGGAGCUUUAACUGUGAAGCAUCAAAGGGGCAGUAUGUGACUGUUACCCUACCUAGGAAAGAAUACCUCACGCUUUGUGAAGUCCAGGUUUUUGGACGGAAGAUAGAGUCCCCUGGUACGUAGAAAAGAUAUUGUCAUCUAUUUGUGUGCAAAGAGACUGAGGCUGUGGACACACCAACAGAAUGGUUGGGGCCCGUUCCGUGGAGGGGGGGGGAUGCACGGGGACACCCAUUCUGAGUGAUCACAAGUAGGAGGAGGAAUUGUGCUAAGACCAGACCAUGUCAUUACUGAGGAGGCAAGUUUAGUCAUUGUUUGAAGUCUAUCCCUGCCUCCAGGUCUGGUCUAGACCAGAAGGAUACUGGAAUCAACAAGGGAGACCCACAUGACCCACAUGCCAGGUGAAUGAUUCACAAGACGGUUGUCACCCACGACUUGGUCGUGGACGGAGGACUUAACCUGGCAUGUGGUUGGAUGAAGCAGAUGGGCCUGUCCUUGCUUCUUGUCCACCAGGUUUCUCUUACGCACAGCAACCCAGGACAUAUGGGCGGGUGGGUGCUGCAGUGAUAUUUAGAAAGUCAUUAGCUUACACCAGGUGUCCUAUUGGGAAGACCCAGUUUUCUGAGUGCAUGUUCUGGAAGGUGAGCAAUAGGGGCAGUACAGGAUUCCUUUUGCUGUACUGACCUCCCUGCCGCACCAAAGAUUCCCUGUCCAAGCUGCUUCAGGUCGUGGCGGAUGUUGUCCUAGAGACACCUAGUUUGGUUGUCCUAGGGGAUUUUAACAUUCAUGCCGACACGAUCUUAUAAGGGGCCCCUCAGAACUUCAUGCAAAGUAUGACCUCCAUGGAGCUGUCCCUGAAUAAGUUUGACCCAACUCAUAGUCGCGGACAUGCCUUAGACCUAGUGUUCACCUCUAUGAAUGUGGGUGAUCUGACACUAAGGAAAAGCAAAACAAAAGAAGUUCCAUGCUCGGAUCACUUUCUGGUGCAACUGGACUUCUCCAUGACCCUUCCCAUUUGCAGGGAGGUGGGGCUAAUUUGUAUGGUCCGCCCCCACCACUUAAUGGAUCCAAAUGGUUUCCAGAGAGCGGUAGGGAAUGUUUUAUUCCAUGUUGAUGGUCUUUCAGCUGAUUCCCUGGUGGCCUGCUAGAAUGUGGACUUAACCAGGGCUAUUGACUGUUUGGCUCUGAAGCACCCUCCCCGAUUACAUGGAGCCUGGACAGUCCCAUGGUUUCCCCAGAGUUGAGGGCGAUGAAACAAUCGCUGAAAUGGCUAGACGGCCAGUGGUGGAAAUCUCAUUUUGAAUUAGACCAGACAUGGGUUAGAGCUGAACAUUGAGCCUACCAAGUGGCAAUAGUGACACCGUAUAGGACCUUUCAUCUGCAGAAAACAGCAGCAGGAGACUCUUUCAGGUGGUUUGCAAUCUAACGGAACCACCUUUGCCGUUGGGGCCUGGUAAGGACCCCAAUAUCUCCUGCAAUGAUUUUGCAAAAUUUUUUGCGGAUAAAGUCUGCAAAGUUUGCAGAGUUGGAAGGAGGUAGACUCCACCUUCCACCCUAGGAGCAGGGCUGGGGCAGAAGAGUGCUAGAGUCUUGUCUAGUCAAGUUGUAUAGGAUCGAUUCCAAUCUGUUACCUCCAAGGAUGCGGACAGGCUGCUUGGACAAGUGAAACUGACCACCUGUCUCCUUGAUCCUUGUCCAUCCUGGCUAUUAAAAGCGAGCCAGGAAGGGCUGGGCGAUGGGCUCUGCAGGGUGGUGACCUAGUGCCGGACCUUGGCACUCUGAGGUCACCAUGCUCACAAGCACCAGAGUGAGAGUCUUUUGGUCUGGCGCUGUGGCAUGAGGACUCUCUGCAGAGCGCUGGACCAAAAACGGAGAGAUCCGGCAAUCAAACAGAAGCCAGGAUUGGCUUCUGUGAUUCCGGAAUGUCCAGCUUAAAUGGGGCAGUUGAUGGGUACAGUAUACAGGCAUAAACUCUUACUUUCCAUGCUCUGCUGCUACUAAGCCUGCAACUGAAAUAACAGUUUCCCCUGAUUACACCCAGGCUCCCCUUCCCUCCCCUUUCUCACUUGCAGGGGAUUCACCCACUGCUGAGAUUUUGUUUCAGCACCAGACAAAAAUCAUACCCUCCAACAUGUUGAGGCUGAAAACUGGGAUGCACAUUUUUGGGCCCUAGGACCUCACAUACGAUUGUGAUCUCACAUGUUUUUAGGCACCUGCUGAGAGCAUGGCGAGAGCAUUAAUUAAGAAUUAAUUCAGCUCUCUUAGUUUUUCCUGCCUUGCAGUUCAGUGGUGGAAGCACAACAGCAACAAAAUGGAAACUUUCCCCUGUUUUUCUUUCAGACACCAAUGUGGCCCUCGCCGGAGAAGCUUCACAAUCCAGUACCUACAGCUCGCUAGGAGCAGCUAGAAAUGCCAUUGACGGGUACCCAGCCAGGGAUUUUAACCAGGGAUCCUGCACCCACACAGAUUCUGAAAAUAAUCCAUGGUGGAUGGUAGACUUGAAGGCACAAUAUCAAGUACUCCGUGUCACCAUCACCAAUCGGAAAGACUGCUGUGCUCACCGUCUUAAUGGGGCUGAAAUCCGAGUUGGGGACUCCGCAGAGAGUGGAGGCACCACAAAUCCUAGGUACUGUAUACAGAUCGGAUGCUUUGUAGCCAGGGAAGGGGAAGCUGAGGCCCCCCAGGUGUUAUUGGAGUACCACUCCCAUCAUCUUGAUCCAUUGUCUAUGUUGAGUUCAAGCAGGUGGGAGGUGGAGUCCAACAAUAUCUGGAGGGCCAUGGGUUCCCCAUCCUUUCCUUACAUAUAGAGAUGUCAUGAGGUACGCUUUUCUGUUCUGCCCUGUUUUCGCCACAUGCAGGACUGUUUCCAUUCCACAGCAGUUCGCUUUCUGCCAAAAGCUAACUUACUUUGUCUUGCUGUUUGCUGUGGCAAAACUACCUAAGUUAUGUAAUUUAGUAUGUAUAUUAGGCAGGUUACACUGUCCUGUUAUGCCAUGCCAGCAUAGCUCCGACAGUAGUACACGAAACUUUUAAUCUCAGGCUCAUGGGUUCAAGAUUCCUAAAUUGCAGGGGGUUGGACUAGAUGACCCUCAUAGUCCUUUCAAACUCUGCUGUUCUAUGAUUCUAUCAUUUCAUUGGAAUGGAAAUGCAAUGCAAAUCGGGGAACAUGAUGUAGUCAAUUACAUUCUGGUUUUGGAUUGAUCAGCAAAUACUGAUCAUAUCCACUAGAUCAAUUUCUGUUCCUCUCAUGGGGUGAAUUUGUCAACACUGGCCAUUUCCACUUCUAGUUUGUCAACAUUUUCUGGCAUCCCGGCUUUACAGCAUUAUGGCACAGGGAGGACAAUGGGGUGCAAAUGUUCCAGACAGAUCUCUUGCCGUUUGAUUUCUGAAAACAUAGCAAAUAUUUGCUUUCUUUUCUGACUUUUUCAUGUGAGUUCAGGUUGCUGAAAAAAAUUCUUCCAUUACUGUUUAAUGCUAUUUUUUAAAAUAAUAAUAAUAAUAAUAAUAAUAAUAAUAAUAAUAUAUGAUUUGGUUCUUUUCUAGAUGUGCUACAAUAGGUUCUUUGGGUGCUGGGGAAAUAGGCAGCUUUAACUGUGAAGCAUCAAAGGGGCAGUAUGUGACUGUUACCCUACCUAGGAAAGAAUACCUCACGCUUUGUGAAGUCCAGGUGUUUGGAUGUAAAAUAGAGACCCCUGGUAAGUAGAAAAGAUAUUGUCAUCUAUUUGUGCGCAAACAGACUGAGGCUGUGGACACACCCUGUAUUUAAAGCACAUUUAAAUGCAUGAGUUUUCCCCAAGAAUCCUGGGAUCUUUAGUUUAGGAUUGGCUUCUGUGAUUCUGGAAUGUCCAGCUUAAAUGGGGCAGUUGACGGGUAUAGUAUACAGGCAUAAACUCUUACUUUCCAUGCUCUGCUGCUACUAAGCCUGCAACUGAAAUAACGGUUUCCCCUGAUCACACCCAGGCACCCCUUCCUCUCCUUCCUCACUUGUAGGGGAUUCACCCACUGCUGAGAUUUUGUUCCUCACAAUUGUUAUGAUUCUGCCAUGUCAGAGAACCCUGGGAACUGUAGUGUUAAAUGAGGGAAUCUUUCAUUAAAGGAUAAUUUCCCAGAAUUCUUUGGAGGAAGCCAUGACAGUUAAAUCAUGAUAGAACCCAGAAGCGAGAUUCAACUAUUUUAUUUCUUUGUAUUUAAAUGAUAAAUCAGGACUUCCAGGUCAGCGCCAUCGGUGAAUGGCGGAGUUCCUCCAUCCGGAGGAACGGGCUCCGUGGAAACUGGGUCUUCCCGCCGCGGCGAAGGUGGGGACCCGCUAGAAAUCCCAGGCAGAGGAAGCCUGGGAACGUGGGGUUCGGCAGGGCACCAGAAGCGCCCCCCUACUCGCAGGGAAUCCCAUUUAGGGGCCAGUCCUCCAACACGUCUUGACAAGCAACUGCUGGCAGGCGAGCGUGUCGCACAUUGUUGGGAAGUCUGUUGUCAGGAAGGAGUGUGCUGUGUAUGUUACUGGGGGGGGGGGCUGAUUCCCCCACCCGAACAAAGGGCGGUAGGCCAAAUAGGUUUGGGAACCUCUGGUCUAGAAAGUUCACUAUAUCUACUAUAUUCAUUGACUUUCCUGUGGGACAUUGACAAAACUCUUCUCGAGUUCUGUGCUAUUUGGGGGCUUGCGAUACCAGUGAACACUAUCGAGCAAGUAUACAGUGGUACCUUGGUUUGCAUACGUUUUGGAUUACAAACACGUCAAACCCGGAUGUGCGUGUCCUGGUUUGCAACUUUUUUUUUUUUAAUUACAACCCAUUCUUUUUUUUUGGAUUAUGAACAAAUUUUUUUUGGAGGCCCAUUGGUGAAAGCGCGCCUUGAGUUACAACCUGUUUUGGUUUACAAACGGACCUCUGGAACGGAUUAUGGUUGUAAACCAAGGUACCACUGUGCUUUGUUUCUUUUAAUAAGAUUUGGCAUGGCUCAGUGAAACACAUAGGAAAUCUUGCUUUGACAUUUAACAUAUGUUUUGUCUAGGAGAUGAAGAGGGGACCGCAUCUGGAAUGGAAGAAGCAGGAGGUCAGUAAAUGAUCCUCACAUUCAUGUGUUCCAAAAGCCUAAAACAUUAUACACUAGACAUGAACAGUCAAUAUUUGUUUAGCUGGUUAGUUUGAAUCAAUAUGGUAAAUUUGGUCUUUUUCACCUCACCAAACAUUCCCAGCAACUCGAUGCUUGUCCCUCUUGUUCCUAAGCCUCUAUAAGGUGGCUCAUUUCAUCUUGCAGGGCACAGCCCUCCAUCCCACCCACCCCCAUCACAAUCUUUAGGGCAGUGACCUGGGGCCCUUCAGAUCUUAUUGGACUUCAACUCCCACCAGUCCCAGCCAAUAUGGGCAAUGACCAGGAAUGAUGAAAGCUCCAGAUGCAUACAGUUAUCCAAUCAUUUUUUUCUGCUGAGAGCUACAAGUGGAUUUGUGUGUGUGUGUGUGUACACUCUUUUAAUGUGUGCAUCCUGCUAUAUUCCAUGCACACUAGUGGGUAGGACAAAGCUCAGUGGAUGGGGAAGCCUCCCAUAAAAACCUUUCUGCUGCUCCCACCAGAUACAUGUUGUUAUUGUUGUUGUUGUUGUUGUUAUUUAUUAAUGAGGCAUGGCAGUGCUACCUGGAGCAAAUAAUCCAAUAAUAUGAUGCUUCUAGUCAAGACAAACCCACUUGGAAUGUACAAACUGCAAAAGUGAACAGGGACUUUCAUCCCAAUAGCCAGAAAGCAGCCACUCUAAGGAGACAGGUGGAGGUGGGCAGAUGAGGACCCUUUCCCCUCAUCAACUGAGGAAGCUCAGUGUGUCAGAAUUGGACAGUUCUUGUUUUGGAUGUAGACCCAUAUAAUCUUCUCCCCAUCUUGAAUUCUGCAGGACAGCCUGUGUGA